AUGUCGUACUCUGAUUACGGUGACAACGACCCUAUUUAUGGAGAUGAUUUGGCAGAUGAGGAUCGCGAGUCGCGUCCAAGACUCAUGCUGAUGGGCCUCAGGCGAAGCGGAAAGUCCAGCAUCCAGCGCGUGGUUUUCCACAAGAUGACGCCCACGGAAACGCUGUUCCUUGAGAGUACUUCCAAGAUCAACAAGGACAACAUCCAGUACGUUUGGGAUUUUCCUGGACAGAUGGACUUUUUCGACCCAACCUUCGACACAACGGCCAUCUUUGGAGAAGUUGGAGCCCUGGUGUUUGUCAUUGAUUCUCAGGACGAUUACAUGGAGGCAUUGGCAAGGCUUCAUUCUACCGUCGUCGCUGCUUACCGCGUGAACCCCAACAUUACAUUUGAAGUUUUUAUCCACAAGGUCGAUGGACUGUCCGAAGACUACAAAAUUGAUACCCAAAGAGACAUCCAACAGACUACAACGGACGAGCUUGCGGAUGCAGGACUAGAGAAUGUGCAACUGGCGUUCUACCUGACUUCCAUCUACGACCACUCCAUCUUUGAGGCAUUUUCCAAAGUUAUCCAAAAGCUCAUCCCACAGCUGCCCACACUUGAGAACUUGCUCAACAUUCUUUGCGCGAACUCGGGCAUUGAAAAGGCGUUCUUGUUUGAUGUGAUCUCGAAAAUCUACAUUGCCACAGACUCUUCCCCAGUGGACUCUCAGUCGUACGAGAUUUGCAGUGACAUGAUUGACGUGAUUAUCGACAUUUCUUCCAUCUAUGGACGGGCAGCGAUUGGAGCCAAGAGCCAAGGAUACCUCGACGACCAGCAGGACCAAUCAGAUGAUUGGACUCAUCAACAGGAUGGCCAUGAUGACUAUGAAGACUCGAACGGCGGAGGACAUGGUCAUUCUCAAGCAGUUGUCUCGAACAGCAGUCGGGCAGGAUCCCUGAACAACCAGCCUGCGCAGUCAGGAGGAAAUCACGAGGCCUUUUCUGUCAUCAAGAUGGGCAACGGCACUGUGCUCUACCUUCGGGAAGUCAACAAGUACCUUGCAUUGAUCUGUUUGCUGAGGGCAGAGACUUUUGAGAAGCAAGGGUUAAUCGACUACAACGUCCACUGCUUCAAGGAGGCGAUGGACCAGGUCUUUGAGCUCAAGCGAGCGGAGCGGACUCGACGCGAGAUGGAGGCCAACCAGUUGUUGGAGCAGCAGCAGCACAACGGGCUCUAUGGUCACGGUUGA